UGAAACGAUGGUCAAGUGUAAGGUUGUCUAUAUAAACACUGAUUCUAUACCAAAGUUAACAGAAACCAAUUAGGCCCCAAUCUUAUCUCUUGUCAAGAACCCAGUGGCCUCGGAAAUCAUACUCAAGAUAGCCAACAACAGGCAAGCAUGAGCGUUAAUCUUGCGUAUAUUGGAGUAUUUCUCUCUCUUGUGCUUCAAGGGAUAGAAUGCUGUGGUCUUCGUGCCUUUGAGGAUUCACGGUGUUACUUAGAACUUGUGAAUCACCAGUAUAUAGUCCGGGUUCUUCCAGAGGGUACUCAUAUUGGUCAUCUCCACACCACGUGUUAUUUGGCCGCUGGUGCACCACAUAACCAACACAGUGUUCAUCGUCAUGAGUGUGAUCGAGCUAUACAUGGGGAAAUUGUGUACUUAUCUUCAAGUGAGAUCCAUCACACGCAAUCAUCCAUUGGUCAGAGUAAAAGCACUGCUGCGACCACAACCACUGCUGCAACCACAACCACUGCUGCUACCACUAGUACUAGUGCUAAUGCUAGCACUAACAAGACUCACAGUGACCAACAUUAUAUAUGCUCAAAAAAACAUAACAGUGGCUACCAAAAUAUCUUUAAUAAUGCGGAAGGCGACAAUUGUCUUACAUCAUAUUCAGUUUUUAACAAACUGGAUCAUCUCCGCCAACACGACCAUCCAUGUUUGUCAACACUAGUCACGGAGAUGGCGGGUCUGCCAUUGUCUGACUGCAGGUGUUCCGGUAGUUUGUCCCAUAUAACCUACGACUUUUGGGGAAAUCCAAUCAAUUUCCAUCAAUGUUUAUCCAACCCUGUUUACAAAGAAGUUAUCACCAGAUAUCUAUCGCAUGUGCCUUACAACGUUGGUGUGUUUGAACCUUCGGCGGAAUGCCACACUCGAAAUCAAAUUUGGAAAGAUCUUCUGCGAUUGCAAAACUAUGAUACCCAAGAUGCCUCUUGUUUCGAUGAAUUUAUUCAGCAUAUGGGAGAGGCCUACAGGUUGCACUCUAACCCCCCAUGCAGUUCAUGUAACACAGUUGAUACUCACAUCAGUACAGGCAGUAAAUACGAUGCCUAUAAAAACGGAGACUGUUUAAGUGAGCAUACAGUAUGGUCCUUUCUGUCCAAUGAACAUUCAAGUGACUAUAAUGGACAGUCCAGAGAACAAGUAAUCAAGCAUAUGGCAGCAAUUAAUCCUACUGGUACUGACGAUAAAUGCGUGUGUUCCAAAGCUUUCGAUCUUCACUAUCCACAACUGACUCUUGAUGAAUUCCAUUGGUCCCCUGUUUGCAGUACUUCACUUCAUAGUUAUCCCUAUCAGAAUGCCAUAACUCAUUUUCUUAGUGUGCAAUAUUCUUCUUCCACCAAACAGACGUGUCAUUCCCAUGCUGCUGUUUGGCAGGAGCUCAAUCGCAUUGUGAAACAUAACCAUGAUCCCAUACACUGUGUUGAAACUCUCAUCCAUAUCAUGCGCGAUGCCGUAAACACACAGGGAGACCCCUGUCAAUGUCAUUCUGUUGUAUCAACACCACAAACAACACAAACAACAAGUAGUAAACCAACAACAACCAAACCACCACCAACAUCAACAACUCAGACAACAAUAACAACUGCACCAACAGGAACAACAACACAAACAACUACAACAACAACAACACAAACAACAAGUAGUAAACCAACAACAGCCAAACCACCACCAACAUCGACAACUCAGACAAUAACAACUGCACCAACAGCAACAACAACAACCGCAUCAACAGCAAAAACAACAACAACACAAACCACAAGAACAACAACCAAAGCGACUACAACUAGACCAUCACAUUCUACCACUCAAUCGAUAGUUCAAACUACAGGUUGUUCCAAAAUUCAAACAAUAGAAGAACUUGCCAAAUAUCAAGAAAUAUACCCAGAGUUUAAUAGCAUCUGUUCAAAUCAAGCCCUUGUGUCGGAUUUAAUUGUUCGGAUGCUGUGUCCCUCCGUUCCUCUUGCACAGAAUUGGAAACCAGGCGUAAAGGUGACUGAAUCGUGUGGGAUUUUGAAGAACUACAUUCCGGUGGCAACAUUCAAUGCACUUUCUAAGUACCCAUCAGACGGACAGGCUGGAGUGUUUCUUGGAUGUACUAAUUCCACCAUAAAAAUUGCAACACAAGAGUGUGGUGGACGGUUUAGUAUACUUGAAAUUCCACGCCAACCCACUAAGGGGGAAAUGUUUACCCACAGUGCUUCAAAUUACCACGUCGUUAUGUACUGAGUAAAUAAAAUAAAUAUUUAAUUUUUUA